AAAUUGUUCCCCUGUUGUGCGAAGGGGCAGUUCACUAAGUCUUCGAAGGAGUGUAAAUGUUGAGGAGUUGAAAUGUUAAGCAGUUGAAAUGGUGAGAAGUUGAAAUGGUGAGAAGUUGAAAUGGUGAGAGGUUGAGCGGCUGAACGGAUGAACUACUUACACCCUUUCACCAUUCCCGUCCUUUUUCUUCUUAAAAUGAAUGUUGUUUUUUUGUUCCACUUUGUCGUAACUCGCGCAUAAAUGUGUGCGAUGCGCUUCCUUCAUUCGAGUAUCCUCGCGCGCACGGGAAAAGAGGCGUAACAACGGGGGGACUACGCCUAUCAUGUGCCAUUUACACAUAUGUUUCACAUUAUUUACACUUUCUUGGGUAUUUAAAAGGCGUCAUUUUGUGAAGCCAAACGUUUGUACGUGCACGUCCGUGUGUAUACCCAGCUGCACACCGCCACUUUCCGCGAAGCUUACUCAGAACAGCAUCUGCUUUUACAAUGGAGUUGCUACUGAACGAUGGGUACACACAGGAGGAGAAAAGCUGCGUGGAAAUUAACCAAACUGAUGAUUUCAUCAACCAAGAAAAUGACAUACACAUAAGUGUUGUAAAGCCAAUUACCAAGCGCACCAUUCAUUCGGAAUGUGAACAGAUAAACGCAUUUUACAAGCCAGUCGAGUUGGUGGAAGAGGUUAAUACGUAUGUCAAAAAGGGAGAGGAGUAUCUCGUGAAAUUGUAUAAAGAUUUGAAGCAGGAGGAAAAAGGAAAAAAUGAAGAAGCCAUGAAAAAAGGGGCAAAUUCGACUCCAACGAUGGGGUCGCGAUUAGGUCACCUCUACAACACGAAGUACGCACAUGGAAAGGGGGUAACAACACAGCAUCCUACGACUAACCUAUUUAAAGAGAAGGAAUCUGCUGGGCCCAAAUUCGAGACAGUGUUCGUGCCCAAAUUAAAAAAAAGCGUCGAAAUUGUUAACUGUUUGAAGGAGAACGUCAACGUUGAUUACACCUACUUGGUUCCCAAGCCCGUUGUCAUACCUGUUCAAGUCCCCAUGUUAAAAUUUAGAGAUAAUUUUAAAGUAGUUCCCAUCCGAAGGAAAAUCAUCCCCGUGAUUAGGUACACUGAUGAGGUGAUCUACGUGGACUGUUGUGUUGAGAAGCCGUACAUCGUUUACGAGAAUAUCAUCGCGCCUGUUCCGUGUGACGUCCCCAUAGAAGAGCGCAAGUACAUCGACCACGCCCCUCCCGUGCGGGAGUGAACGGUCACAAUGGAUACCUCUACGUGGGGAGGAAGUCAUCCACCCAGCUAGGAGUGAGCUUCGCCACCUAGGUGCGCAGAACCGGGGUGGAGAAACGCACUACGCAGGUGUGCAACGCGUCCCGUUGCGUCUUCCCCUCGCAGUUCGCGGCAUCAACCCACGCGUCAACUGUUUUGAGGCUCCAUUUUGAUCGAGAUGCAGCUUGGCGCAAGUUGGCAACUCUGCCGCGGCACAGAGGCGACAUUCCCCCAUUCGCCCGUUCCCCCUCGUGCUGCUUUUUUUUUUUCCUCUCCUUCCCAACAUUGUUCACACCCCAUCGAGGGU